GUGCCUUCCUUUACCUCAAAACUGUAAAGGAAACAAGCCGCUUGACACACUUGAGGCUGCAUGACCAUCCAGGGAAGUGGGGAGCCACUUCUGAAUUCAGAGUAGGACUCACCAGCAGAUACCUGUUCUUCUGAGCCUGAACAGACUGUGGCUUCUGAGGAAACCCUCAGCCCCCAAACCUGAGAGUCUAAGCAGUGCCAGGAAGCAGCCCCAGAAUUUGGGGGCUCAUUACACACCCCAACCAUGUUCCUGCGACAGCUUGGUGGCUGGCUACCUCGCCCCUGGGGCCGCUGGAAAUCAACGAGGCCUGACCUGCCCGCCCCAGAACCCAGACGGAUGGACAGCUCCUCUGAGAAUUCAGGGAGUGAGUGGGACAGUGCCCCAGAAACCAUGGGAGAUCUGGGGCCUCCCAAGACCAAGGACUCAGGUGCACAGAGGAGCUCUGGGGCUGCUCCAGAACCAAGCAGGGAGUCCCAAGUUGAGCAACUGGGGUGCAAAAGAAUGGAUUCUCUCAAGUGGGACAAGACUGUCUCUAGCACUCAAGAGUCUGGGAGAUUGGAGGCUGGAGAGACCAUUCCCAAACUAGGAUGGGAUCCUGUGGACUCAGGUAGCACCAGGAAGCCUGGUGUGUCCCCUGAAGAGGGACUGAGUCCCCCUGGGCCUGAAGCCCCAGCGGAGAAGCCUGGCCAGCGUCAGAAGCUGCUGGGCUGGCUGCGGGGGGAAACAGGUGGGGGAGCAGGGGCUCCCUACCAGUACCUGGGGGACCCAGAGGAGUGUCUGCAGAUCUCCACCAACCUGACCCUGCAUCUGCUGGAGCUUCUGGCCUCAGCCCUGCUAGGGCUGUGCUCAAGGCCCUUGCGGGCAGCCUUGGACGCGUUGGGCCUGCGUGGACCGCUGGGCCUCUGGCUGCAUGGGCUACUGUCCUUCCUGGCUGCCCUGCAUGGGCUCCAUGCCGUGCUGAGCCUACUUACCGCUCACCCCCUGCACUUUGCCUGCCUCUUUGGUCUUCUACAGGCCCUGGUGCUGGCUGUCAGCCUCCGGGAGCCCAGUGGGGAUGGGGAGGCCACUGACUUGGAGGGCGAGAAGUUGGGGAGGGAGGGUGAGGAGCAGAGGGGAGACCCAGGAAAGAGGCUGUGACCACGCGGUGGGGUGUGGCCCAGGGUCCCACCCUCAGUGGGUUGGGAGCAAGGGUGAAGAUAGUGUGGGGACAUGAUCCACAUUGUAAGCACAGGGACCUCAGGGAUGGGGCAGAAACCCCGGAGUAUGAGGGCACAGAGCCCCCCUUCACACACAGCAGAGCUGUUUAGGGUGUCUGUGUUUAUGGACAGUGGGGGCAUUGGCCUUGAAUUCACCAGCUAUUGUUAAUUUUUGCUUUUACAUUUCUCCCACUUCGUUUUUUUUUUCCCACCUCUGCUUUUUAAAAACCAAAAAAAAAAAAAAAAAAAAAAAGUGUGGUGGUGGAGAAUAAAGACUAAAGGGUCUUCUCUACCUUUCAAAACUCUCCAGGGGUGGAGGAGACUAGAGGCAAGACAGACAGACCUCUGGGUGGGGUAAGAGGGUGGCUGAGAGACUCAAGGGAUCCUGUGGAUCCUGGGAUCUGUGCUAUCUAGGGAAGAGUGGCACUGCUAGGUGGGUGGAUUAGGGGGUCUGGAUGGGGUUCCCACAGGUGAUGGGGAGCCUGCAGGGGGGAUCUGGGUGUUCCUAGGAGCCAGAGGGAGUGGGGAUGGUGCUGGCAGUGUUGGCAGGAGGGCCAGCUCAGAGGGGCUGGCAGCUCAUAGGCAGCAUGGGGAGCACUGGAGUUUGCAGACCCCACUGGGGGGUUGGCUUUGCUCACUCAGCAAUAAAUAACUGUGUCACACCAAAUCCUAAAUACACCACUAAAAGUGAGAGUUA